AUGCAAAGGGCAUAUUAUCGGUGUAGCGCUGCCGAAGGUUGUUUGGCUCGAAAACAAGUGGAGCGAAAAAGAUCCGACCCGAGUGUACUCAUUAUUACAUACACUGGCGACCAUAACCACCCAAUGCCACCGAAACCCCAUUUUUCAGUCGAUGGCAAGAGCAACAACGCUAUUAAUUCCCAUGAUGAGGACAAAAACGAGAACAAGACCACGACCUAUUCGUCUGUUUCUCCAACAGCCAACGAAGCCGUGGAGACGACAAUGGUGGAGGAAAAGGACAAAGACGCGGACGACGACAAUGUCCCCAACGUAGUUAUGGAUGAUGAUGUUUUUGAGGGAUUGGACGAGAUUAUCAAUUUAUCUGACGGGAUAAGCUGCUUCAAAUAA